AUGACUUCUGCCCCCUCCAAGCAGCCUAAAUUCCUCCCGGCCCGCAAUGAGCUGGGAGUUGUGGCCGUUGGAUUCAGUGGCGGACAGCCAAAAGCAGGCGUGGACGCUGCCCCAAUGGCGCUGAUUGAAGCCGGGCUCAUCCAGCAGCUUGAGGAGGACCUCGAGUUCAAGGUCUCCUUUGACGGCCAAGUCCAUUCAUAUUCCGAGAUUUUGCCAGCAGACGACCCUCCAUACCGCAACAUGAAGAGGCCGAAGUUUGCCAGCGCUGUGACCCGAGAGGUCAGCGAACAGGUGUAUAACUACGCUAAAGACGGCAAGCUCGUCCUAACAUUAGGAGGUGAUCACUCAAUUGCCAUUGGUACCAUUUCUGGUACUGCAAGGGCUAUUCGAGAGAGACUUGGUCGAGAAAUGGCCGUCAUCUGGGUAGAUGCACACGCAGAUAUCAACACUCCCGAGACUUCAGACAGUGGAAACAUCCACGGAAUGCCUGUAUCUUUCUUGACCGGAUUAGCGACCGAGACCAGAGAGGAUGUCUUCGGUUGGUUGCAAGAUCAUCAUCGACUGAGCACAAAGAAACUCGUCUACAUUGGCUUGCGGGACAUCGACAAGGGAGAGAAGAAGAUUCUCAAGGAACAUGGAAUCAAGGCAUUCUCCAUGCACGAUAUUGACAGGCACGGCAUUGGUAAAGUCAUGGACAUGGCUUUGGGCUGGAUCGGAAGCGACACACCCAUCCAUCUCUCCUUCGACAUUGAUGCCCUCGACCCUAUGUGGGCACCUAGCACGGGCACAGCUGUUCGAGGCGGUUUGACUUUGCGCGAGGGUGAUUUCAUUGCUGAGUGUGUUGCCGAGACCGGAUCUCUGGUCGCUUUGGACCUCGUCGAAGUCAACCCCAGUCUCGACGAGCAAGGCGCCACGGACACAGUCAGAAGUGGACUUUCCAUUAUCAGGUGCAGUUUGGGCGAUACCCUGCUAUAA